ACUAUAAUAUACAAUAUUUAUACUAUAUAUAUAUAGGUAACACCUAAAACUACAUGCCAACCUACGCUCAUAUAUGAACUUCGAAACACCGAACCGAAACUCCGCCGCCGCGCGCGUGUGUGACGCUCGUUUCGCAUGGAAAGCAGCUGAUGAUUUUUCUAAGAAUUUGUAUGUGUAUUGUAUACCUACAUAGGUGAUUAAUAUAGCUAAUGUUAAUAGCGGUGGUCGCGGAGUGUACCGGCUCGGAACGCACUGUACUGCAACUAUCCAAUUAUUCUAGUGGAUAUUACCCGCAACAUUUCGUUCUCAUCGACCCUUGGGUGUCGCCGUCGUUGAAAAAUACAAAUUUAGCUGUUUACAAGAAAAAUAAUGAUAAAUCAGAAAAAUCAAUUGGAGGUAUAAAAGAAGUUGAUGCAGAAAAACACAACAAGGGUAAACUCUUUAAUGAAAAAAAAUCAACAAAAUACAAUGAAGAAAAGGGAGACGAUGAAAAAUAUAAUGACAAAGGAGGCAAUGCUGGAGAGAUACAUACACAUGGAGGUAAAAAGAAAAAAAUAUCAUACAAAAAGGGCGACAAAGAAAAGAAAUUUAAAACUAAAAAAGGUUUUCGAGAUAAGUAUCACAAAAAUGAAAAACACAAAGUUAAUGAAUACUGGGACAAUUAUGAAACGUAUGGAACGUUUAAAAAGUUUGGAAAAAAGGGAGACAAAAAGUUAUUAGGCAAUAAGAAAAUCAAGAAAAAUAAAACCAAAAAAGGAGGUCAAUCAAACAAACAAAACCAUAAUAAAGGUGAAACAAAACAUAAGUCUGGAAAAAAAGGAGAAAUUGGACAUAAUGAGGAAAAACAUAGUGACACUCACUAUAAUCACAAGUCUAAAUAUCACAAAGAAAAAAAUUCUAAAAAAAACCAUACAAAAAAUACAUAAAACAUGUUAAAAUUUUAUUGAAAAAUUAUUACAAUAAGUAUAAAAUAUUAUUAU